AUCAAUACCUCCUAAUUCGACUAGAACUCCAGUUUCUAAAUGUUGUAUAAAUUUAGGUCUAAGGUAUGAUGUGCUUAUAGUCAUUAUCACAGAAAAAUUCUUAAAAUCUUAGCAAAAGGUGUGGAGAGGUGAGGUUAAGAGCAGAAAAAAGUUCCAGAGAGUUGAAGAAAAGAAGACGAUACGCAUAGAAAAAAUUAAAGAAAACAAAUUUUGAGGAUCAAUUAUGGCUCCAAUCAAGUUGGUGAUUAAGUUGAAUGGUCGACCAAUUUGUAAGCGAAAAUUAGAGAUUGAAGAUCAUAAUGGGCUACAAGAGGAGAAAUCAUCUAAAAAGGUACGUCUUCUUGAUUCUGGAAACAAGGUUUAUGUGAUUAAGAUGAAUGGUCGGCCAAUUUGUAAGCGAAAAUUAGAGAUUGAAGAUCGUAAUGGGAUACAAGAAGAGAAAUCACCGAAAAAGGAGAAGUUUGUUGCGUCGGGAAAAACUUUGUUUAGUUCUUGAUUUAGAUCAUACAUUACUUCACUCGGUUAAGAUUUCGGAUGUGUCGUUGGAUGAACAGGACUAUCUCAAUAGUAAAUCAGGGUUAAUUACAUGCAUGAAGACUGUUGGGAGACAUAGCUUAUACAACCACAACGGAAGGUAUACAAGGUUAAGGCCUUAUGUGCGAGAUUUUCUUGAACAAGUAUGCCAGAAAUUCGAGCUUUACGUUUAUACCAAGGGAGAACGGUGGUACGCUAAAGAGGUGGUUAGAUUGAUUGAUCCUAAAAGUGUUUAUUUUAAGAACAAAGUGAUUUCGAAAGAUGAUUCUACUGUCAGAAAUCGAAAAAAUCUAGACGUGGUUUUGGGAGCAAAUGCAACUAACACGGUAAUUAUCGACGAUACGGAGUCAGUCUGGAAAGAGCACAAAGAUAACAUAAUUCGCAUCAACAAAUUUAAUUAUUUUUCAUCAAGAAACGGCGGUGGAUAUCGGUUAAACAUGGAUAAUGAUGAGUUGGAUGAAGACGACGGUGCCCUCAAAAGAAUCUUAGAAGUUCUGCAGCGUGUUCAUGAUAAGUUCUUUGAAGAGUUCCCAGCCAAGAAUGAUGUUAGACCAGUGUUGAAAGCGGAUAUUAUCAUAUGGACUUCUUUGCUUCUGGGUUCUGGGGAGCUGCUACAAUAGGCUUAAUCCAAGGAAUGCAGUAUUGUUAUGGUUUGUCUGCAACAUCUCUCCUUAUUGCAGCAACCCAACUUGUUUCCAUGUCCCUUUUUUCAUUCAUUUGGGUUAAGCAGAAGUUCACUCUUUUCUGCAUGAAAGCUCUUCUAAUACUCAUAAUGGGUUCUAUACUUCUCAGAUCUUAGUGCUUGAUUUCUUUCAUAACAAUUUCUACAUCUGCAUCUGCAGUUUUAGGAUUCAUUCUUUUGAGGACCCAAGUUGCUUAAGCCAGGGACAAUCAAGCAAUGACUUAUCCUGUACUGUUGCAGCUUCAGUUUGUCUGGCCUUCCAUGCUACAGUGAUUUGCACAAUUGAUGUUUUAUAAACAAGGAUUUCUUUGUGAGAAAACGAGGUUAUGAAUGCAACACACGCAGAAGCAAGUUAGUAUGUAUUGGAGCAAAAACAUAUUACUUGGUGUUGGUUUCAAAUGGUGGACCUAAUUGGGGAGUAGCAUCCAAGUGCUGGUUCUAGUUCUCAGUCUAAUUUUCUAUCAUCAUGACAUUGGAGAGAGAAGACAUACUUGGUAAUUUAAUGCUUGCUACAACAUUGAAAUUGGAGGGAGCAAUUAUCCGCGAGUAUGACAAGCAAAGGUGCACUUCUACACAUUUAUGGCGCGAUGGCCGUCUUACAUGUUUAGGGUGCCCUAGGCGGACUAGUUUUGUGGCUUUUUAUGAGUUACCAAAUCUGGAGAGCUAGAUAUUCAGAUUACGAGAAAUUGGUAUAUCUAAAGUGAUAAUUUGGAUUAUGUUACACGGCCAAAUGCGGAAGAUUCAUUUUUAGCACUUUUUGGUUAAGUUUUGGGUUCGAAACUUGUAAUUUAGUUUAGCAUAAAUCUUCCCUCCCCCCACUUUAAUGUCAGUAGAUGAAAACGGAUACCUCCAAUUUGUUGAAUUUUUAUUUCAUUAUUAAACGUUAGAUGAGAUGACUUUAAAAGUUAGCCAUCAGAUCUAGACGGGAAAUUUUCGUGUGAACUAUUCACAUGGACCACUGAAUUAUCGUAAUAUAAACGCUAUGAUUCUAUUCUUC